CAUUGAUAUACUGACAAAACGGCCACGUACACGGACACGUCACACGUACGCGUAUGCCCCUGGUCCAAUAAUAUGUCGACAGGUUCAGGCGCGCUGGGCAACAUAACCUAUAGAAAAUACAAGAACGAUCAGCUGAUCGUCAGUCAAUUCCGUCGAUUUGAAUUCAACUGACUGUUUAUUUUUUCGGCCUUUGUUGCCGUUUAUUGUUGAUUUUAUGAAAGAAAGGUAGCAGAAUUAUAACGAGAAUCAUGGAGUACGAAAGACUGAGUCGGGCUCUUGAAAUGCUAGGCAGAAAGGUAAAAGAAUUUCCGAUUGGUGCAAUUUCAAUCGAUGAUUUUAUGCCAGUAGAAGAUAAAAUUAGAAAACUAAGGACCACCUUAAAAGAGAUGGAUGCCAGAAGUUUAAGCUUAAAAGCUGCCAUUCGAAAAAGUAGAGUACGACAAGUAGCAGAAAGAGAUAUUAACGAAACUUUAGAAAAAUUAAACGAAGAGACUUCGAAUUACAUUAUUAAUGAGAAAACUAUCAACUUGUGUCUCGAAGCCGAUGCAAUUGAAAAUAUGAUAUAUGGUGGUCAAAUAAAUCCAGAAAAUCAAGAGAAACUUUAUGUGAUUCCUACAAAACUUUAUUCGCUCACGGAUGAAGGAUUGUCAUUACAAAAGGAGAUAAAGGAACUGAUGCAAAAGCAAUUAUUUCUGAAAAUCGAAGCUCAAAAUAGAGCUCAAGAGUAUCGGGACUUUUUGCAACAACAAGAGGAACUAAGGAUUGAGAACCUGCAAAAAUCGAAUCCUGUUAUGGCACAGUACAAGAAGAAAAUGGAAAGAACGAUACGGAAAAUUAAUGUAAUGAAAAAACUCAUAAUUAAUUUCAUUGCAUCAUCUGGUAUUUUAUUGAGAGAGAAACCAAUUCUCUUAGAAAUGUUGGAAAAACAUAGAGAUAUUGUUAGUUUAGAGACAAUUUCGAAUAUGGUCGAGAAUAGUGAAAGUAGUUGAAAAAUGAGUAGAAUUUCCAAAAAAAUAUGCAUUUUUAAUUUGCAAACUCAAUUUUUAAAUUUAUUUAAGAAUUUCGAAGCUUGAAAUUUUAAUUGCUUCCAAGUUCGAGGAUGUGAAUCUUAUGGUAGUAGAAUUAGUCGUUUUUAAAAUAAGAAUACAAAUUUGUACAUUUAUAUGCUAGUUUUGUAAUAAAAUUAAUUUAAAGAAA